AUGGCCAGCAAAUAUACGGGCGUCUGGGUGUUCAUCCUCUCUAGGUGCAUUGAUGCUGUAUACUCUGAAAAUUCCCAAUGCAGCCUGGAUAAAACAGAGCUGGAUGGAAUAAGACAGGCUGGAGAUAUAGUGAUUGGCAUAAUCAUAACUCUGCAUCUGGACAGUGUGUACCACCAUAACACCUUUACCGAGAGACCUCCCUGGACCACCUGCACCACGUUUGGUCUUGGGAACUACCAGCAGCUCCAAGCGGUGAUCUUUGCAAUUGAAGAGAUCAACAGAAGUCGUGAGCUUCUCCCGAACAUCACGUUGGGUUUCCAGGCCUAUGAUUCUUGCCUUUUUGUCCAGCACAGUAUAACUGGAUUGUUACAGGUGGUAACAGGACAAACCAAAGCCGUUCCCAACUACAGAUGUCUAGAAGUUCCCUUAGGCUCAGUCAUUGGUCAUACAUCCUCCACACAUUCUAUUCUCAUGGCUCAUAUUUUGGGUCUUCUUAGAUACCCUCAGAUCAGCCAUUUUUCUACAAGCCCUCUCCUCAGUGACAGAACAAAGUUUCCAUCUUUCUUCAGGACUAUCCCCAGUGACGUUUUCCAGUCCAAAGGUCUUGCUCAGAUGGUUUUACAUUUUGGUUGGACUUGGAUAGGACUUCUUGCUUUGGACAAUGACUAUGGCCAACAAGGGAUUCAACUUGUCAGACAAGAGAUAAUAAAGGCGGGGGCAUGUAUUGCUUUCUCAGAAACUAUGAUCCUAAGUCAACCAGAUCGCAACGCCCCACGCAUUGUCAAUACAAUAAAACAAUCUUCAGCCAGGGUUGUGGUUGUCUUCUCGAAGGACAUUGACUUGUUUCCAAUAUUAGUUGAGAUGGUAAGACAAGAUGUUACCCAAAGGAUAUUUGUUGCCUGCGAAACAUUGUCGACCUCACAAUUCUUCCAGGGAAUGAACACAAGGCUUGUUUUGGGCACCAUUGGUCUAGCUGUAAACAGUGGGACAAUUCCUGGAUUUAAAGAUUACCUAAACAAAGUUCAUCCAUCCAAACCUUCGGGAGGAACAUGGGCAAAAAUUCUCUGGGAAAAAACUUUUAAUUGUAAAUUUACGGAGAACAACAUCACAAGCUCUUUAACUUCUCCAUUAAAACUAUGCACAGGAGCAGAAGACCUCGAGAGCAUAACAAACAGCUACAAUGAUGUUGACCAUUUACGAGUCACCUACAACGCCUACACCGCGGUACAGAUCAUCGCCAUGGCUUUGGAAGACCUGAGAUCCUGUCAAAGUGAUGGAAAUGCAGGUCUUCACUGGACAUGUGCUGACUUAUCUAAGCUUCAGCCUUGGAAGCUUUUAAACUACAUAAAACGAACAAGGAUUAGACUGAGUAGUGGACAAGAACUAUAUUUUGAUAAGAAUGGAGAUCCUCCAGCAGUCUACGAUAUAGUAAAUUGGCAACUGGGUCCAGACGAUACCAUAAAACACAUCAAGGUCGGAAGCUACGACACUACUAGGUUUUCAGAUGAAGUUUUUCAUAUAAACACAAGUAUCAUCCAGUGGCCUAAUGGGAAUCAAAUGGUUCCUCUCUCGGUCUGCAGUGAGAGCUGUCCUCCAGGUUUCAGGAAGGCGACAAGAAGAGGACAACCUGUCUGCUGUUUUCAGUGUGUUCCAUGUCCUCAAGGGGAAAUCUCCAACCAAACAGAUGCUUUGGAUUGCCUCAAGUGUCCAUGGGAUCAAUGGCCAAACCUUCAAAAAUCUUCAUGUCUCCCAAAAGCCAUAGAAUUUCUCUCUUAUGAAGACCCAUUAGGCUUAACCUUAACGGUGACCACAGUCACUUCCUCCUUAGUUCCUACCUCUGUAUUAUUGUUUUUCAUAAACUAUAAGAACAGUCCCAUAGUGAAGGCAAACAACUACCAUCUAAGCUGCUUUCUCCUGUUCUCAUUGACUCUAUGCUUCCUCUGUUCCUUGGCAUUCAUUGGUCUACCCCAGACUGAGAAGUGUCUUCUACGACAGUGUGCAUUCGGUAUUGUUUUUACACUUUGUGUCUCUUGCAUCUUGGCCAAAACUAUGACAGUAGUGUUUGCUUUCAUGGCUACAAAACCAGGCAGCCGGCUGAAAAAAUGGACAACCCUUAGGGUUUCUUUCUCAUUCAUAUCAGUUUGUUCCAUAUUCCAAUUGAUCUUGUGUAUCAUUUGGGUGUCACUUGCUCCUCCAUUUCCUCAAUAUGUUAAUACAGAAAUACAACUAAUCAGCUAUGAAUGUAAUGAAGGGUCAACUAUGGCAUUUUGGUCCAUGUUGGGAUAUCUUGGCCUCUUGGCAUCUAUCAGCUUCAUUGUGGCUUUUAUGGCCAGGAGACUUCCCGACAGCUUCAAUGAAGCUAAAUUCAUCACUUUCAGCAUGUUGGCCUUCCUUAGUGUCUGGGUGUCUUUUAUUCCGGCCUACCUUAGCGCUCAGGGAAAGUACACUGCAGCUAUGGAGGUAUUUGCCAUUCUUUGUUCAAGUUGGGCUCUGGUCAUCUGUAUGUUUCUUCCCAAAUGUUUCAUAAUCUUGUUCCGACCCAAUAUGAACUCUCGAGAAUACCUUGUGAGGAAAGCUAGGUUUUUAUUUGAGACUUACCAGCAGUUCCAGGCUUUGAGGUUUGCAGUGGAGGAAAUCAAUAGAAAUCCAGAAGUUCUUCCAAAUAUCACCUUGGGCUUUGUGGCCUAUGACUCUUGUUCUGCCUUAUACAAGGAGUUGGAGGGAACCCUAGGGAUGAUCACUGGACAAAAUCAUGCAAUACCAAAUUAUUUAUGGUUGGGAAAGCCACCACUGGCUGCAAUCCUUGGACAUUCAAUGUCGACCUACUCCAUUCUUAUGGCUCAUAUUCUGGGUCUUUACAGAUAUCCACAGAUAAGUCACUAUGCUACAAGCUCUCGACUAAGCGAUCGGUCGCAGUUUCCUUCCUUCUUCAGGACCGUACCCAGUGAUGCCUUUCAGUCACAAGGACUGGCUCAAUUGGUCUUGCAUUUUGGAUGGACAUGGGUGGGAAUGGUGGGAAUGGGAAAUGACUAUGGACAACAAGGGAUGCACAUCAUUACACAAGAGAUUCUAAAAGCUGGAGCUUGCGUGGCAUUUACAGAAUUCAUUCAUCUCAACCGGGCAGAUAGAAAUGCUCCACACAUCACUCGUAUUAUAGAGCAAUCCACGGCAAAGGUUAUUAUCAUGUUUUCCAUCGACAUCUUCUUCAUCCCAAUUUUAGAUGAAAUGAUCAGGCAAAACAUCACUGGAAAGAUCUUUAUAGCAAGUGAAGCUUGGUCCAUUUCCUCUGUACUUCUGGUAGACAAAUAUACUUCUCUACUAUCUGGAUCCUUAGGGUUUGCCUACCACAGUUCAACCAUCCCAGGAUUUAAGGCCUAUCUGAAAAACAUCCAUCCAUUUAAGAUAAUAGGUAAAAUGGAAACUCAAAAUUUUUGGGAAAUGACUUUCAGCUGCAAAUUUUUGGACCACAAUAAUCUGGUUCUGAAUGGUUCUUCAAAGGUGUGUUCAGGAAACGAGACUCUUGAGACUGUUGAGAACGUCUAUACUGAUGCCUCCAACCUGAGAACGUCUUAUAAUAUUUACACAUCAGCUCAUGUCGUAGCCCAGGCCUUACAAAACCUCCAGUCAUGUCAAGAGAAGAAAGGCCCCUUCAACAACAGGAGCUGUGCAAAUCUACACAACUUCACGCCUUGGCAGGUAGAACGUUGA